AUGAGAGCUCUGGUGUGGAACUGUCGAGGUGUUGGGAGCCCCUUGACAGUUCCCCAGAUAGAGGAGAGUGUCAAGCUCCACUCCCCUGAGUUGAUUUUCUUAUCAGAAACUAAAAACAAGAAAGAAGUGUUGAAUAAGGUAAGGCUAAAGCUUAGAUAUGAUAGACUGUUUGUUGUGGAUCCUGUGGGAACAGCUGGUGGGUUGGCUGUUAUGUGGAGGAAUGAUUUGAAGGUUGGUGACAUUCUUUAUACUGAUUUCACUAUUGAAAUGUUGAUAGAGAGGAUUGGUAAUAGAGAUAGGUGGUGGUUGAUUUGUAUAUAUGCUAGUAGUGAAGAUCUGGUUAGAGAGAAACAGUGGGGGAUUAUAGAAGAAAGGAUGAGUGUUUGGGGUCAGAAUUGGGUGAUGGCUGGUGACAUGAAUGAUAUCCUAUCUAAUGAUGAGAAGUGGGGGGGUAGUAGGAGGUCUGAUAGAAGUUUUCAAAAUUUCAGGGAGUUUGUUAACACUAAUCAGCUUAUUGACAUUGGCUUUGAAGGGAUGCCUUGGACAUGGUCAAACAAUUGGGAGGGGAGAGAAGUAAAGGAACGUCUGGAUAGAAUUCUGUGCAGUAGACAGUGGAGAACAGAGCAUGAAAAGGCUAAGUGCCUGCAUAUACAAAAUGAUGCCUCUGAUCAUGCUAUGUUGCUGCUUGACACUGAGCCUAAGGGUAGAAAAUGGAAAAAAAGGUUCUAUUUUGAUAGGAAUUGGAUAAAAAAUAAGGAGGUGGGAGAGAUUGUUUCCAGGGAAUGGGGAAAACAGCAGGAGGGAUCUAGAUUUUUUAAGUUGCAUCAAAAAAUUAGGAACUGCAGAAUAGCUAUUCUAAACUGGAAUAGGCACAAGGGUAAAAAUGCAAAAAAGGAGAUUGUUGAACUAAAACAGAAGAUUACAGAAGCCAAGGUAGAUGGCCAAGCUAAUAAAGAGGGGAGGGUGAGGGAGCUUAAAAAGAAGCUGGAGGAGGCUUAUAGGAGAGAGGAGGUGUUCUGGCAGCAGAAAGCCAGAGUGAAAUGGUUGCAGGAUGGUGACAAAAAUACAAAAAUUUUUCAUGCUAGUGUUGCUGAGAGAAGGAGAAGGAAUAAUAUUUCUAGUUUGCAAAGAGGAGAUGGAUCUUGGUGUGUCUCUGAGCCAGAUAUUGAGGAGGAAAUCAAUAGGUACUACCAGGGACUCUUUACUACCAUCAUCACUCUGAUUCCUAAAGUUGAGUCUCCAGUGUCUGUUUCCCAGUUUAGGCCUAUUAGCUUGUGUAAUGUGGUUUAUAGGAUAAUUUCUAAAAUCUUGGUCAAUAGACUUAAACCAUUCCUGAAACACUGUGUUAGUCAAAACCAGUCAGCUUUUAUUCCAGGUAGACAGAUCAUUGAUAAUGUUGUUAUUGCACAUGAAUUCAUCCAUUGUUUGAAUAACAGAAGAUGUGGAUCAAAUGCUUUCAUGGCUUUGAAGCUUGAUAUGGCCAAAGCCUAUGAUAGAGUAGAGUGGCUUUUUGUGCUAAAAAUUAUGGAAAAAAUGGGUUUCUGUCAGAAGUGGAGAAAUUGGAUUUGGAAGUGUAUGUCUUUUGUUGUCUACUCGUUUAAUUUGAAUGGGGAAAAGAGAGGCUUGGUUACACCUACAAGAGGGAUUUGGCAAGGGGACCCCCUGUCUCCUUACCUUUUUUUACUUGUAUCUGAGGGAUUGUCAGGUUUGUUUAAGAGAGCUAUGUCUAACCAUGACCUUUCUGGACUCAAAAUUGCUAAGCAGAGCCCAGCUUUGUCUCACCUCUUUUUUGCAGAUGAUACAUUGGUGUUUUGCAGAGCUAAUAAAGAAGAGGCUGGUCAUGUGAUGCAGCUGUUGCAGUUGUAUGGAGUAGCUUCAGGACAAGCCAUCAAUGCUGAAAAGUCCUCAGUGUUCUUUAGCAAGAAUACUGGGAACUCAGUUAAGGGUGAAGUGUUGAAUAUUUUGGGAGGUAUGAAGGAGGCUAAGCAGAGUAAGUAUCUAGGCUUGCCACUGGUUAUUGGAAGACCAAAGAGACAAGUCUUUGACUACAUCAGGGAGAGGGCCAUCAACAGGUUGGGAGGAUGGAAGGAGAGGCUGCUGAGUAAUGCUGGUAAGGAGGUACUGCUAAAAUCUGUGAUUUUGGCUUUACCUGCAUAUGCUAUGAGUUGUUGCAAACUGCCAAAAGGCCUAUGCAGUGAUAUUUGUAAAGAAAUGGCAAAAUUCUGGUGGGGAGAUAGGGAGGAAAACAGGAAAAUACAUUGGAUGGAGUGGAGGAGGCUGUCUGAGCUAAAAGGGAAAGGGGGGUUGGGCUUUAGGGACCUCCAACAGUUUAACAAUGCUAUGCUUGCUAAGCAGCUGUGGAGAUUCUUGACAAGGCCUAACCUGUUAGUUAGUAAGAUUAUUAGGGGCAAGUACUUUAGAGGAUCGUCCAUCUGGACUAUGAAAAUCCAUGCAGGGGAUUCCUGGAUAUGGAAAAGUAUUUUAGGCUCUAGGGAGGUACUGGCAGAAGGGGUACGUAAAAAAGUGGGAAAUGGUCAGCAGAUUAGGAUAUGGGAAGAUAAGUGGCUGCUAGAUGUGGAGGAUGGAAAAAUAAGGUCAAAAAAGCCUCAACAUUGUAAUAUACAAAAAGUUCAUGAGCUGAUUUCUGAGGGUAGGUGGAAUAAGGGAUUGUUGAGGAACCUGUUUGAGGAAGAGGAUUGUCAAAGAAUACUUAAUAUUCCAAUAAGCGCUUUGGGUGCCAAGGAUAGGCUAGUUUGGAUAAUGACUAAAUCAGGAGAGUACACAGUGAAGUCAGGGUAUGUGGUGGCAAAAGAGAUUCAGGCCAAAGGUAGAAAGGAAUUUCUCCAACAGGAAGGCAGCAGCAGGAAUGAAGCCAGAUCAGGGGUGUGGAAGUUCCUAUGGAGCCUGAACGUUAAGCAUAAGCUAAAGCAUUUUAUUUGGAAGUGUCUUCAACGCAUAUUGCCAGUUAAUGAAACAAUUAGGAGGAGAACUGGACAAGGGAAUGAUAGGUGCUGUUGUUGUGGAGAAGGGACAGAAACUAUGGAGCAUAUGUUUUUCUUCUGUGAGCAUGCUGAGCUUAUAUGGAAAGCUGCCCCAAUUAACUGGGAUGGUUUGAAGGCUUGUAGACAUAAUUUUUGGCAGUGGUGGAGUGGUUUGAUGGAAGCAAAGGCUAGGAAGGAGGGUAGGGAGCAUGUUGAGCUGACUAUUAAUGUACUUUGGCAGAUAUGGAAAUCCAGGAACCAGAUACAGUUCAAUAGGGAAGGGAGAUGUCCAGGUGUGAUAGCUAACAAGGCGGUACAAGAGUGGCUAGAAUUCCAGAUGGCAAAUUUAGCAGUAAGGGACGAGGAGGCAGUAGGGAAGGAAAAAGAAAACAAGAUGGUUAGAGGGGAACCACCUUCAGGGGAUUUUCUAUGUUUAAAUACUGAUGCAGCAAUUAAACAGACAGCAGCAAAGGUAGGUUGGGGAGUUGUGGCUAGAUGUAGCAAAGGGGAAUUAAGGGGUGCUUGGGCUGGUUGUGAAGGUAGGAAGGGAGUUCCUGCUGUUGAAGAAGCUACGGCAAUACGACAAGCUCUCAUGUUUGUCCAGAGUAAUGGAUGGAUGAACAUUAUUAUCCAAUCUGAUUGCAGGGGAAUUAUUGAUCAAAUCAGAGAGGGGAGCUUAAAUGAUCAUCUGGCAGGAGCUGUCCUCUUUGACAUUAAGGUUCUUAGUAAGGGUUUUGGGUCCUGUAUCUUCUCUUUUAUUAAGAGGGAAGGGAAUUGUGUGGCACACCAUUUGGCAAAAUUUGCCUUAAAUCUAGUGUCUGAGAUAGCUUGGGUUGAUUCUUUUCCAGUUUGGCUAAGUAAUUUAGCCAAAAAUGAUGUAGGAGCCUUUGCUCCAGUUUUGUAA